AGGGAAGGAAGGAAGCUGGGAAGGAGCGAGCAAGCGGGGGCGCGAGGCGUUUACCUGGAGGCAGCGGCUGGGGCGCGCAGAGCGGCCGCGGCUCCCCCGCACCUGCGGCCAUGGAUGAGGAGCGCGCCCUCUACAUCGUCCGGGCCGGCGAGGCGGGGGCUAUCGAGCGGGUCCUGCGGGAUUACAGCGAUAAGCAUAGGGCUACUUUCAAAUUUGAAUCAACAGAUGAAGAUAAAAGAAAGAAACUCUGUGAAGGCAUAUUUAAAGUCCUUGUAAAAGACAUCCCAACAACAUGUCAAGUGUCCUGCCUGGAAGUUCUCCGAAUUCUUUCCAGAGACAAAAAGGUUUUAGUUCCUGUAACAACUAAGGAAAAUAUGCAGAUAUUGCUGCGACUAGCCAAGCUAAAUGAAACAGAUGAUUCUUUGGAGAAGGUGUCAGAGUUCCCAGUUAUUGUGGAGUCUUUAAAAUGUCUAUGUAACAUAGUGUUCAACAGUCAGAUGGCACAGCAGCUCAGUCUGGAACUUAAUCUUGCUGCAAAGCUUUGUAGUCUCCUAAGAAAGUGCAAGGACCGAAAGUUUAUCAGUGACAUUAAGUGCUUUGACUUGCGCUUGCUCUUCCUCCUGUCACUUCUGCACACCGACAUCAGGUCACAACUGCGCUAUGAGCUCCAGGGACUACCGCUGCUAACCCAGAUCUUGGAAAGUGCCUUUAGCAUCAAGUGGACCGAUGAGUAUGAAUCGGCCAUAGACCAUAAUGGACCUCCUCUCUCACCUCAGGAGACAGACUGUGCCAUUGAGGCCCUCAAAGCUCUCUUCAAUGUGACAGUAGACAGUUGGAAGGUGCAUAAAGAGAGUGAUUCUCAUCAGUUCCGUGUCAUGGCAGCUGUUCUUCGCCAUUGUUUACUAAUUGUAGGUCCAACUGAAGACAAAACAGAAGAGCUGCACAGCAAUGCAGUCAACCUUUUAAGCAACGUUCCGGUCUCUUGUUUGGAUGUUCUCAUUUGUCCGUUAACCCAUGAAGAAACAGCGCAAGAGGCAACCACUCUAGAUGGACUGCCUAGUGAUAAUACAGAUGAGAAAGAAACAGUGUCGAAAAACAAUACCAUGGUAUACAAUGGUAUGAAUAUGGAAGCUAUUCAUGUUUUGCUCACUUUUAUGGAGAAGAGAAUAGACAAGGGAAGCAGCUAUAGAGAGGGUCUAACUCCAGUUCUCAGCUUAUUAACAGAAUGUUCCCGAGCCCAUCGAAACAUCAGAAAAUAUCUCAAAGAUCAGGUUUUACCACCAUUGAGGGAUGUGACAAAUCGGCCUGAAGUUGGCUCAACUGUGAGAAAUAAGCUGGUCCGCCUCAUGACACACGUUGACCUUGGAGUCAAGCAAAUUGCUGCUGAAUUUCUUUUUGUCCUUUGCAAAGAGAGAGUGGAUAGCCUGCUGAAAUACACUGGCUAUGGAAAUGCUGCAGGACUCUUGGCGGCCAGGGGCCUCUUGGCUGGAGGAAGAGGAGAUAAUUGGUACUCAGAGGACGAGGACACAGACACUGAAGAAUACAAAAAUGCAAAACCAAACAUUAAUCUUAUCACUGGUCAUUUAGAGGAACCAAUGCCAAACCCCAUAGAUGAAAUGACAGAAGAACAAAAAGAAUAUGAAGCCAUGAAACUUGUCAACAUGCUUGAUAAACUUUCCAGAGAGGAGUUGCUUAAACCAAUGGGACUAAAACCUGAUGGGACAAUAACGCCUUUGGAGGAAGCACUCAGUCAGUACUCAGUCAUCGAAGAGACCAGCUCCGACACGGACUGAAAGCAUCACCUGCUCAACUCUCAAUAUUGCUUUUAUCAGCAUCUUUUCUCUGUAGCUCCAGGGGAAUCUUUUCUCUAAAACAUUUAUGCCCUUGCUUUGGCUAGAAACACAUUAACUGGUUUACUCAUUGAGAAUCCAGCAUAUUUAAGAGGUGAUCCUGUGUUUUUGCAAUACCGAGGCAUUCACACCGAGCUGCGGUUAGCCGGCCAGGGGCUAGACACAGGAAGGAGUAAUUCCAUCUCGUUGGGGUGGGACUGAAGGGCCUCACGCUGCAGAGCAGCCCUGGUUGAAGCUGGCAGUUGUUUGCCAAGAUCCUUAGCAGCAGAUUAGCAGUGUCUUCCUCUCACUUUUGUGAGCUGCCCUUUCUGAAUCUCUUCAGCAGGCAGGAAGGCACAGGAGAAGCGAAAUGAAUUCCUACGUAAGGGCCGAGCAAGUUAGACCAGCAUUUUUAAAUCAGGACUGACUAAUGGAAGCCAAGCAGCUGCUCCAUAAACCUAGCCCCAUUCUUCAUUUCGAUUUUGUAAAAAUAUGCAGGAGUGCACAUACAAACACACACACAGCCCAGACCUGCAAGCUCGUUCACUCAGAGUUUGCAUGUCGCUUAUGUAGAACUUCAGAAUACAUAUCUCCUAUCGAGUCAUGAACGAUGGUUUAGUUCUGAGGCAGCUAUACAUGCCUAUUUAUUCCCUCAAUACCUGAACACUAGAACCAUAGAACUGAACCCCCUCUGUACCGUUGCACAGGGAGCGUGCAUUCUGAGGUCUGCGCUUGGGUGCCAGAGAGCACAGGGCCUGCAGCUCAGCAGAGUGCAGGGCGCUUCCGGUGCUGGGAGCGCGGCAGUCUGCUGCGGUGCGGAGUCCGCAGCGCCCGUCUGUGCAUACAGGUCAUUCCCACGUCACAAAUUGGGGGUGGUGUGUGUGCUUGUAUGUGUGCUCUGCCUUUGUACCACAUGUGAUCAGUUUAAUGGUAACUUUUAUUUAUUUAAAAAAGAAACACAUGGUUACUAUUAAACUGAUUAAUAAGGCUGUUCAUUUUUAUUUUUAGAAUUGGUCAUAAGUAGAAAAUGAACCAUACAUAGACCUUGGGCCUAGCUAAUCAGUGGCCACAGUUGAAAAGGGGUUGGUUUCCUUUUAUGUGUGUAUGUGUGUGCACAUACAGAUGGACACGUGUGUGUAAGUACACACAUAUAUACACAUAAGAUUAUGUGCUUAACCACUGCCUUUUAAAACUUUAAAUAAAACAUUGGGGUUGAUUCAAUUUAGCCAUCUGUGUGUGUUUUUUUAUAGAUACAUUUGUUAAACCAAACUCUGUCAGUUUAUGCUAUUUUAAAAGUGCUUUACAUCCGUCUCACUUAUCCUACGAGCCUUUUUAGGAGAGGGAAAGUACACGGGGUAUCAGUGGAAAGAUCCUUUAUCCAGAAGCCACUUCUCUGGCAAAACAACAAAUCAGGAAUUGAGCUUUAAAAGGCCUUUUAGCUGCCAAGAGAUGUCACAUAAUUUUUGUAAGUUGUAGGAAAGAUCCUCAAGAAUAUCACUUUUUGCCUUUUUACUAAAAUUUGCAUACAUUUCUAACACAUUUAGGUAUCUAGUUUUCAAGCCCACAAGAGAAAUGAUGAAAGAGGAGGGUAGGGUGGAAGCAGAGCAGCAAAAAACUGAAAACUAAAUAGGAAGAUGGGAAAAUCAAGACAAUUUGAGGCACAUCUAGGGCGAUGUUUCCAAAAAGACCCUGACCCGGUACAACACAAAUGGCCACAGACUCAGUUCUCACAGUGAUGUUCCACUCCUGCAUUUAUUUUAAAAAAUCCAGAAUGCUCCCUCAACAGGAAGAAUGUAACACAUUUUAGGAGUUUCACUAAUACUUGGAGGAAAAGUGGGUAACCCAUGUUUUAACAACAGUAAAUAGAAUGAAUUUUGGCAAUUCAUAAUUUUAGAUUAAGUGAAAAAAGUUUAGAAAAGUAUUUUUGUUACUUCAUUCUACAAAUGCAUUUUUAAAGUAUUUUUAUAGCUUUGGCAUGACUGUCUGCUUCCUAAAUGGAGACAUGUCUACUGAAACCCCAUCUCGCCCGCUUGAUGCAGUUAGUGUGUGAACCGCCCUAUUGUACUAGCUGUGCGCUUCGAUUUUCGGUGACUUCUGUUUCAUUUUGAUUUCCCUGCACUGGACAUGAAGUUCUGCUUUUGAAGGAACAAUUUGUGGGAGAAGAGGAGAAUGGCCUUGUCUUGCACAUAGAAAGAGAAUGGACAUCUGUUGAGUGCUAACUACAUGCUAGGUUUUUUAUGUGUUACCUCAAUCCCAUCACAUCUCAUGAGAGAUCAUCUCUGGAAAGCAUACAUGACCCGACACGACACAAAUCAGAGUGGGGCUCUAGUGGUCCUGACUCCCAGCACCCCUUCCUCCCCGCCCCCCCCCCCCCAACGUGGCUCACCUAGGCCUGCAGUGUGCCUCCUGGAAUCUGGAAUGCUGGGAGAAUUGUGAUUCUCAGGCCAUUUUAAGCAAUAAUUAUUUCAGCAGAACAGGUUUAAAGAACUCCUAAGGCAGGGAGGGAACCUGGAGUUAACUGUGAAUGGGAAACUUGCUCAGUCACUACUCAGUUUGACAAGGGCCUGGCAGCCUUCAUGGCAGAAGCCAGGGCUGCAAGCCCCCCAGGCACCUGCCCAACACUGGCUGGCAGUGGAGGGAAAGCACGCCCAGCCGCCCGCUGUCCACACCCUCUGACCUCUGAAACAGGAUAUGAGGAGUGUGUGCUAGAAUAGGCCACUUGAGCUGCUGCUCUUAGAGCACCAACAGGCCCUGGGCCCUUUCACACACCCAGUGGUCCUGGGAGGUGGGUCAGAGAGGAGGGUGCUACCGCUCCCCACAGAGGCGGCACAGCCCAGGUUCAAGCAGGAGCUCUCCCUGUACUUCAGCAGUCUCGGUCUCCCACACUGAUACCACCUAUUCUGAUUCUCCCCCUUCCCCUCCGUGUAAAAAUAAUACUUACAUUGUGGAAAGUUUGGAAAAAUGCAGAAAAUAAAAACUUGCCCAAAGCCCACCUCUUUAAGAUAGUCACUGUAAUGUUUUGGUGUAUUUACGUCUUGUGUUUUUCUAUGCCUAUAUAAUUUAUUUUGCUACAAGACUGGGAUCAUGCUGUAUUACAGAUUUGUAUCCUGCUUUCUUUAACAUACUGUGAGCAUUUUCCCAUGCCAAUAAAUAUU